AUAUAUUUUUUAUUAAGUUUAAAAUAAUGCUAAACCGUAUAUUUGGAGUAUUGGCUGAUGUAAAUGCUUAUAUUUGGAAUGAAAAAUACUGGUUACCUGAAGGUGUACAUUGGCAUGAUUUUAAAUCAACUGCUGAGUUCAGACGUCCACAGCAUACUGAUAUAUAUUAUGCCCCAAUUCUUGCAGUUAUUAUGCUUAUCUUACGAUAUAUUUUUGAACGAUAUAUUGCACUUAAUUAUUGUAAAUACCUUGGAAUACAUAACAAGAAUCACAUAACAGUUGAGAAGAAUGAAUUAUGUGAACAAGUUUUUACACAAGUCACUAAAUUUCCAGACUCGAAAAAAAUUAAAGAGCUUGCAGAGCAAUCAAGUUGGAAAGAAGCAAAAGUAGCUAGCUGGUUUAGGAAGCGCAGAGCUGUUACACAUUCUCCAUUAUUAUCUAAAGCUACAGAAUCUUGCUGGAGAUUUUCAAUAUACUUAUUUUUGUUUCUAUUUGGUUGUUACACAGUGCUAACGGAAAAUUGGUUUUACGAUACAAAGCGUUGGAUGGAAGGGAAGCUUAUCAAUCAAGACUUCACUACCUCAAUGAGAAUCUACUAUUCUGCAGAGUUGGCAUUUUACACUUCACUUUUAUUUUCACAGUUUAUUGAUGUAAAAAGAAAGGAUUUUUAUCAAAUGUUUCUUCAUCAUAUUGUAACAAUCAUACUUAUUCUGCAUUCUGUGAUGUCUGGUUUCACAAGAAUUGGCGCUGUCAUAAUGGUACUUCAUGAUGCAUCUGAUAUAUGGUUAGAAGCUGCAAAAGUUUAUAACUAUGCAAAAAUGCAGAAGCUUUGUGAUGGAUUGUUUUUUUUAUUUGCAGUUGUAUUUUAUUUGACCCGUUGGGUGUAUUAUCCAUUUUGGGUCAUACAUUGCAUGAUAUAUUAUAGUUGGUCUGAACUUGGACCUUUUUUUGCUUACUAUCAACUUGUUGGGUUUCUUUUUAUUUUACAGGGAUUGCAUUUUUAUUGGGGAAUUUUGAUUGGUAAAAUGGUCUACAAAUUUGCUGUGUUAGGAAAGGUUGGUAAAGAUGAUCGCAGUGAUGAUGAAGAAUCUGAUGACAACUCUCGUAUUAACAAAAAGAAACUUUAAUUCAUUAAAUGAAAUAUCCUUAUACAAUGAUAGUUUGCAAAGAAAGAAAGAUACAAAUCUAGAAAUAAUAUAUUUUCAACCAAAUGAAUAUAUUUGUGAUUUUUGUGGGUUUUUUUUUUUUAAUUUUUUAAGGAAAGUUUUUAUUUUUUAUUUUCUGAUAUUACAUUUUGUAGUGAAUCACGAAAUUUAAAAGAGUUUUAAAAUUAUAAAAUAUUUUGUCGAAAACGUGUUUAUUACUCUUACAUUUUUUUACAUUUUAUUUUUUAUUUUUAAAUUUUACUCUUUUUCAAACUUUUUUAAUGUACUAAAUAUUUUUCAUUUAAAUGUACGUGUUAAAAUGUAUGAAGCUAAAAGUAAAAAAUACAA